UGGUUUGUUCGUUUCCUCCUCCUUUGACGCCCCCGCCAUGGUGCUUCCGGCAGUCCUCCGUCGCUCUGUUAUCCGACGUUCUUUCCCAUCUUCCGCCGCUCCCGGCGGCGAAAGCCUCCAUUUCUCAAUUUUUUGUGAGCGGAAGUCCACCUUCGCCUUGAGUAACGCCACCGAAACAGUAUCCGAACAGAAAAAUGAGAAGGGAAGCAAUAGAUGGUUCACGUUGCCUCCAUUUACUGCGACUGUAAACGGCUCGGCUUUAGGUAAUCGCAUAAUGAACGGAGGAGCUCAAGCCGAAGCAGAAACUUCCACCACCGCAAUCACCGCCCUGAAAUGGGUGUUCCGCUGCUGCCCGGAGCUGCCGAGGAGCCUUGUGCAGAAGCUAUUUCGACUAAGAAAGGUUCGACGAGGGUCUUCUAUGAUUGAAAAUUCUGAAUGUAAUUUGGAAGCUCGAGACCAACUUAAAAGAGUGGCAGCCAAUGACAUUCUGAACAUAGGUGAUAAACUUUGUCUCCCCAUCUCCGUUCAAGUAUUUCCUACAGAGAGAGCUCCGGAUUGUUGCAAUAAAGAAGAAAAGAAAUUCAUUCAUAGUCUAGUUUUAUAUAAGGAUCCAGCUAUACUUGCUAUCAAUAAACCUCCUGGCUUGCCCGUACAGGGAGGUAUUGGCGUCAAAAGAAGUUUAGAUGAAUUGGCUGCCAGUUGUUUAAGUUAUGACUACUCAGAGCCACCUCGGCUAGUACACAGGCUUGACAGGGACAGCAGUGGCAUCUUGAUAAUGGGCAGGACUUCCACAAGUACUUCAGUUCUUCAUUCUAUCUUCCGUGAGAAAACUCUUGGGGCAUCGAAACAUGCGAACCAUGUUGAUAGGGAGAAAAAGAUUUUGCAAAAGAGGUAUUGGGCACUUGUAAUUGGUUCUCCAAGACGUACAAAGGGAUUGAUUACAGCCCCACUUGUAAAGAUGGUGUUGGACGAUGGAAGAUCUGAGCAAAUUAUGGUCGUUGACAAUGCUGAAUCUAUGCCUUUUCAACACGCAAUUACUACAUAUAAAGUGAUCAAAACUCAUCAUGGAUACACUUGGUUGGAGUUGUGUCCCCUCACUGGAAGAAAACAUCAGCUUCGUGUUCAUUGUGCCGAGGUAUUAGGAACGCCUAUAGUUGGAGACUACAAAUAUGGAUGGCAAGCACAUAGAAACUGGAAACCAUUUCCUCAUAAUUCCCACAAGAAUCAAGGAAAGAAACAAUCCCUUCCUUUUGGUCUUGACUUUGAAAGUGGAAGUAUUGCAGAAAACAACCCUCGCCUACACCUUCAUUGUAAGCAUCUGACUUUACCAGAUGUCUCUUGCGCACUGCAUAAUGAUUCUCUAGAUCAUGACUGCUCAAGAUUGGAACGUCUGGAGUUGGAUGCUCCUUUGCCUUCAUACAUGCAAAGAAGUUGGGAUAUCAUAAAUAAUUAGAGUUUGCCAUCAAAUUUUCUGGACCAACCACUUUUUCAUCCUUUCAACAACCCUGCCUGCCCAAACCUUCCCCUUUAGCAAUUUCUUUUGCCCGAUCACUGCAAAUCGUUAUCUAGAUUAUGACUCUUCAGGGAUGGGAUGGCUCGAGUUGGGUUGGAUGCUCCUUCGCCCUCGUAAAUCCAAAGAGGCCGUGUGAUAUUGAAGCACGAUCUAUUAGAUACAAAAUUGAAAGUUUACAUACACUUAGCAUAGGAUCCAUUGUCAUCAUCGAGAAUCUAUUCUCUUUAGCCAGCCCCGUUCUUUGCCUCAAGAAGUCUGGAUGACUCGUCUCGUCCAAUCAGAAUAAUACUUUUGAGGUUGUUUCUGGAUGUUUAAUCUUUUAAACAUGUUAUUUGGGGCUGUAGAUUCUUCAACGCUCUACGGUGCAAGUUUAACCAAAGUUAUUCCACUCAUUAUAGCUGUGUUCUUCUGCUGUAUUCGGUCGGAAUCCCUUUAUAAGGUAUGAAGCAAGAAGGAAAAACUUCCCAGCAAGAAGUAAUCCCAUGACUGUCUAGGCACUGCCAAAUCUAAGCUGUGAUUUUAUUUUUUGAGCUCAACGAGGUGUAAAGGAGAAUUGAAUAUUUAUCAUUCUAGUUAUAUGCUCGAGUUGAUUCUAAUAA